GCACCCGGUCUGGCGACUAUGGAAACAACAGCAGGCGGCUGGAACUGUAGCGUGAGUUUCUUUCUUCUAGCUGACAGAUGUUUGACAGGUGUUGCGACACGACGUAGAGUGACGCGGCGCCGUGGCAGCGCAACAAAAAUUGUCCAAAAUGUCAGAUGCGCGCAGUCGUGCAUUUCGCAUACAUGGCACUGCAUCGCCUAGCUUUCUCGAGCACUGAUACAGUUUGCUGCGUGUGGCGCAUACGACCGCAGCUGCUAUGUCAGAUAUCAAAGUGUUGGAUCAUCAUGUUGAGCUUCUGUGUUGCGAAUCCACGCCGCACAUACGCAGUGCCAGCGCUGAUCGGCGAACCUGAUCUUCAGUCAGCAGCGGUCCUGCCCAACCGAAAUACGUUUGAUCGACAGGCACCACAACCGCACCAGCGCAGCGGUCCAGACGAAUAUCCGCCGAACCACGCAACGACACAGCCCAUUGCCGAAAAACACCAAAGCGGACGUUUUGACAGUUCAGGAUAGUGUGACUGGAAAGUUUUGGUUCUCUGGACGUGCUUCGGUGUCUUGGUAGGAAAAAGGGCUGUGUCUUAGGCAAUCUUGUGGCAAUUUUAUUUUUUGCGGCAGCGAAAUUGACAGUUGUUGAGUGAGGGUUUUCGGAGGCGAACCGCUGGUGCUGACAUGU